UCACCUCUCUCUCUCUAUACUCCUUUUACUCCCUUCUCCAUCUCCUCCUCUCCCUCUUCUCCCCCACCGUCACCGGCGCCGGCGCUGACGAUCUGGCGCCAUUUCCGGCGAAGCUCCGGCGAUAGCCAUCAUACUUCAUCAUCUAUUCGCUCUUCUACCUCCUCCGAUCGCAGAACCGUAAACCCUCGCUUCGCGUUGCAUUAGAUCGCGCCCAUCUACGCCCAAUCUGAGGAGAAGAUCCGGUAAGCGAGAUCCCUAAUCUGUAUUUAAAGGAAGCGUCGUAAUCGAUCUACCAUAUCGAAGCAUGGAUAAAUUGGUGGAGUUUGGGAGAAAAGCUUGGUUCAUUGUUAGGGUUCUAUCCGGGUACGAAGAGAGGAGAAUCAGAUCUUACAGGUUGCUGCUUCAGAAGCGGAUCGAACAGUCACAAACUAGGAAACAAGAAUUGAGGAGGAUACCGGAACAGGCUAUUUUAUCAGAGGUUCGUCGCAUGGUCGAGGAGAUGCAAGCAUUAAACCGUCAGCUUGAUGAAACAGAAGCUGCAAUCGAAGAAUACUUCAAACCGAUCGAUAAGCACGCGCAGGUAAUAAUGAAUAUGCAACUCGAGAAAGAGGAAAAGCAAAUGAAGGAGAUGGUAAAAGCCAUGCAAGAGCAAAUGAUGGCACAACGAGAGAUGGUGAUCAAGCAAAUGGAAGCUGCUAAUCUUACUUCGAACCACCCCGAUCGAAGUACACCCUCGACACAUUCGAACCAAGAACAAGUCAAAUAAUCCUUCACCAAACUUUGUUGUAUUUAUCCUUUAUGGAGGAAUGUAUGUGUAUCCACUCUUUGCGCGCGAUCUGGUUAGCAAUAAUAAGGUAUAACAAUUUGUAUCAGAAAUCUCGUCCUCUUUUAUCGAGAAAGUGCGAGUUUCUUGACAUUUUUGUCAUACCCUUGCUCUUUGAAGGUGAUUUUUGUUUUGAUGGUAGUAGCAUAUUGUAUUUGAGAGAUCAUAUGUUCCGAGCUUUUUUGAAAUAGCUUUACUUAAACAACAUUUCCGUA